UGUUCGUGAACGAAACUACUUUCACAAACAAACCCUUUCAACACCCCGACAGGCUUUCAGUUUUUGAGAUCAUUGGCAUUGCGGAGUGAGUUGAUUUGGAGUUUCGCAACGACUUUCUUGUAGUGCUACAUAGUCAGAAAGUUUCGACUUCUGCGAACUGUGUGCUCCAUCUGUCUACAGUAAUGGCAUCGUCUUUGUGCCGCCAGGCUGCCAAGUCAUGCGCUCGUCGCAGUGUUCUCAAGUCAUUGCGUGCUGCCCCUGCGGCAGUUCAACAUCGUCAGAUCUCUGAUGACUCACCCUCGUUUGCUCUGAACAUUUUCCGUGGAGAUAUCAACACCAGCGAGGUUUUCCCCUACCCGCAAGUGUUGACUGAGGAGCAAAAUGAAGAGACCAGAAUGUUGGUUGAUCCCACAACCAAGUUCUUCGAGGAAGUCAACGAUGCUGCUCACAAUGACGAGGUGGCCGAGGUGCCGGCUGAUAUCAUGAAGGGCUUGGCCGAGCUCGGUGCUUUUGGCCUGCAGGUUCCCAAUGAGCAUGGUGGCCUUGGUCUGACCAACACUCAGUACGCCAGGUUGACUGAGAUUGUCGGUGCACAUGACUUGGGUGUUGGCAUCCAGAUUGGCGCUCACCAGUCUAUCGGAUUCAAGGGUAUUCUCCUCGUCGGUACUGAGGAGCAGAAGGCAAAGUACCUGCCAAAGCUGGCCUCUGGAGAGUGGGUGGCUGCUUUCUGCCUCACGGAACCAAGCAGCGGCUCGGAUGCCAAUUCGAUUAGAACCCGUGCUGUUCCUAGCGAGGAUGGUAGCCAUUAUAUCCUGAAUGGAAGCAAGAUCUGGAUUAGCAACGGAAGCAUUGCUGAGGUCAUGACCGUUUUUGCCCAGACGCCGGUGCGUGAUGAAAAAACCGGCCAGAUGGUGGACAAGGUGUCUGCGUUCAUUGUGCAGCGAAGCUUUGGUGGUGUGACCAGCGGCGCACCUGAGAAGAAGAUGGGAAUCAAGGCGUCCAACACCUCUGAGGUCUACUACGACAACGUGAAAAUCCCCAAGGAAAAUCUUCUCGGAGAGUAUGGCAAGGGAUUCAAGGUAGCCAUGCAUAUCCUGAACAACGGCCGCUUUGGCAUGGGCGCGGCGCUGACCGGUAGCAUGAAGAAAAUGAUCGCUCAGGCUACUCAGUUUGCCACGGAUCGUACACAGUUCAAGGCAAAGAUCCACACGUUCGGUGCAAUCCAGGAGAAGCUGGCCCGCAUGUCCGCAGCUUGUUAUGCCACAGAGUCUAUCGCCUACAUGCUUAGUUCCAACAUGGACCGUGGUGUUACUGAGUUCCAGGUGGAGGCAGCUAUUGGCAAAGUCUUUGCAUCUGAGUCUGCAUGGAUGGUUGCUGAUGAAGCUAUCCAGAUUCACGGAGGCAUGGGCUUCAUGAAGGAAACCGGAUUGGAGCGUAUUGUCCGUGAUCUGAGAAUCUUCCGAAUCUUUGAGGGCACCAACGAAAUCCUCAGACUUCUCAUUGCUCUGACCGGUUGCCAGUUUGCUGGAGCAUCACUGAAGAAACAGGCGAAGGCAAUGGGCAAGUUGGACAUUGGCGCCAUUGCUGACUUCACCUCCAAGCAAUUGCUAUGGAGCACACCAUCUGGCAGUGCCAUCUCUGAGGCCGUGCAUCCCGAACUCAAGUUUGCUGCUUCUCAGGCCGAGCAGUGCAUUCCUGCCUUUGGUGCGGCCAUUACAUCCUUCCUGCAGGAGCAUGGCAAGUCGGCUGUCGACCAACAGUUUGCUCUGAAGCAUUAUGCCGACUGUGCCAUUGACAUUUACGGCAUGGUUGCAUCUCUGGCUAGGUGUACGCGUGCACUGGAGGCUGGUAUUCCGUCAGCUUCACACGAGAAGGUCAUGGCUGAGUUCAUUGCCACUGAGAACGCUGCUCGAGUCAUGCAGACAUUGAAGAGCAUGAAGUCGAUCGCACAGACCGACAACUACCAGCGCAUGUCGCUAUUGGCCAGUCAGAUGGUGGAGAACGGUGGUUACAUUGCUGAGCACCCACUUGGCUUUUAGGCAUGUGGCGCUAUCGCAUCUGCUGCCGUGGUCUUCUCUCCUUGUGGACAUCGGCGCUAGAAGUGGUUAGAAGUGCCGGAGAGCUCACCGUGCUUUUGCACGCCUGCUAUAUGUACACUGGUGCUGCUGCUGCUGCUGCAUGCUGGUAGAACUAGUGUGAUGCUGUGUUUCGACUGACUGUAUUGUCCUCCUCACAGCGCAUACUGGGUCCAGCGUGUGUGUGUGUGUGUGUGUGUGUGUGUGUGUGUGUGUGUGUGUGUGUGUGUGUGUGUGUGUGUGUGUGCGCGCAGGUAUGCCUACAAAUCAGACCGACAUUCAGCAACGAUUUAGCAACGAAUGGACUAUGCACUUUGUGACUAUAUUCGUCUUCCACGUGUGCAGAAAGUACAUCUUGAAACCGAUCCCAGGGAUUGUGACACUCGUAUUGCACAUGUUUGCAGCAAAGGCAGUGGCAGCUCAGUUCUAAGCCGCGCAUUAUCAGACAUAUUGCACACCCUAGCACCACAACUAGCAUCCGCCGCCUUACAUCUCCGUCCACAUCCUUGUCUUGCCAUAUGCUCUCUGCUUGGGCUUUGGCUGCUCUGGAAAGGUGCGAUUCCUUUGGCAGAGUUGGACAAGACUAGAAGCUGUCCUGUAUGUUCAGUGUCUUUCUGUAUGGCUUGCGUACUUCCCACUACGUGUUUGUUCUACUACCAUUUCCUCUCUUGCAUGUGUAUUGUUCUGUAUAGGACCUCUCCUUGACCCCGUUCUCUUCACCCUAUUCUCUUAGGUACUUUGGGACUGAGUCAGCAGCCAUGCCCUCUAUCAUGAGUCUAUGUACAGUGGCGCAUUGGUGCUGUUUCCAUGGUUUCUAUCCUCUACCCAGUUCUCUCCUAGUCUUUCUCUACAGUUCUACUGAACACCCCCAAUUGCCAACGGCCUUGGGGCUAUGAGCAUUUCCCAUCUAUCAGAACACAGUUGGACUAUUAUUUUUUUAAUUAUAGAUAUUGAAGUUGAUGAUGGUGA